AUGGACUUGGACUUGGCACUUUGUGUGGAUGAACCACCUAUACCCACUGAAUCAAGUUCAUUGGUAGAUAAAAAUACCUAUAAAAGGUGGGAGCAGUCUAACCGAUUAAAUCUAAUGUUUAUCAAGUCACAUGUGAAUAAGAGCAUUAGAGGUUCAAUCCCACGGUGCAAUAAAGUCAAGGACUACAUAAAGGCUAUUGAAGAGCAAUUUGUUAGUUCUGAUAAGGCAUUGGCUAGCACCCUAACCAACAAAUUAUCAGUUAUGAAGCAUGUCAAACCCAGAAGAGUGCGUAAGCACAUAAUGGAAAUGAGAGAUAUUGCGGCCAAACUAAGGUCUUUAGAGAUUGAGAUAUCAGAUUCAUUCCUUGUCCAUUUCAUACUCAACUCUCUUCCUACAGAAUAUGGACAAUUUAAGAUUUCCUACAACACACAUAAGGAAAAAGAUUGA